UGGCAAUAACCCGUGUUGGAUGAUGUAAUUAUUACUAUCAAAUUUCACUCACAAAAAGCCUUCACCGAUGCCAACAAAGUAGAAGUAAACACACACACAAACACAUUUCUCUCUCUCACACACACACACAUCAAAUCUUUCAAUUUCAGUGGUUUUCCUCUCUCCCUCUCUCUCCCUCUGCUUCAUUGCUGUUCGAGACUGCAGCUCGUAGCAGUCUGUGUUAUCCGAACACUUAUUUUUGGAGGAGUUGUGUAUGGAUAGCGAAAUUCUGAUCCGUCGAAGAAGCAAUUUAUGGUAAACUUGUUGCUGCUAUUGAUAAUUUGCCCCAAAUCAGGGUCUACUCUUUCUUCUCAAGGAUCUCUUCAAUGCACUUCUUCUUGGGUUUUCUUAUUUUGCAAUCCGAUUGCUAUCUUGGUCAAUCUAUGCGUUGACUUUUCUGAGCCUGUUAGGGAAUCGGUCAGGAUUUAGUUCUAGAGACUGGGGAUUUGAAUUGAUUGGGGAUGGUGAAUGCGAGAUUUUGACAAAUUUGCUUUUUGUGGGAAUGUCAGAUGCUCGUGAAGAAUUCGAGCUUUUUCUCAGUAUCGAUGGCUGUACAUUGAAAUUUUGGUGAGGUUUUUGGUCGUGUAGAUUUGUUGAUGGAUAUGAGUAAUAAUGGUUUGAAGAUAGAGGUGAACAAUAACGUUCUAAACAGCUUGGAGUCUCCAAAAGUAGUUAUGAUUGAGGAGAGUGAUGAGUCUAAAGCAUUAUUGCCUUCCAACAACGGUGGAUUGGCGAAGAAGUCGGAUAAACCUAAGAGGAAAGUUCACUGGAUGGAUAACAAUGGAGAUAAUCUUGCAGAAAUCUUGGAGUUUCAACCAAGUGAUGUGAGCGACUCGGAAGAGGACGAGUCAGAUUCUUGCAUCUGUAGAAUAAUGUAGACCGGAUUCAUUAGAUCGCCCACCAGUAAUGUUCUGGUGGAUAUGUGAGCUGUCAGUUUUCUUCAGGUGGAGAAUUGAUCUGCAGAACUUCCUUUCCGUGGAUCUCAGUCAUAUAACUAAAAUGACAUCUCGCCUUGAGUCGAGCAGAAUUGUCUUGAAGCAUACAAGUAACCAAAGGAAGACACCUGGGAUGGUUUCCGGAAUUCUCAUGACUAUCGAUAUAUCAUCUGAGUUUUCUCUUUUUACUGGGUAGCAUAUAAAGAUUAGCAUAGCUUGUGCAUUCUAUUCUAAGAAACUUGUAAUUGCUUGUGAUUGUUAUAUAAUAUAGGAGUUUUCAUUUGCUUCCUGUUUCCCACCUCUGUACAAAGUGACAGUUUUGUGUAUCAAGCUGAUUUCUUUGAGCAAUAUAUGUUUGGAUUUCCCUCA